AUGGCGUCUGCUGCUGUCAGAAGUGGGCACUUGAUGGCAGAUUUCAAUUACUUCUUACUCCAAAUAGCCAAUGAAAUAAAAAGCGACGAAUUGGCGGAGAUGAAAUUUCUAUGCGAUUUACCGAGAGGAAAACUUGAGCAAAUCACAAACCCUACGGAGCUCUUAAACAUCCUUAGUAAAAGCGAUAAAAUCAGACCGGGAGAAGUGAUGUAUUUGGUAACUCUACUGGAAAGAGCAGGUCUCGUUAAGCUUGCUGGGGAAGUCAUGGAGCAAGGUAAGACGAGUAAAUUAUUAUUUACUUUGAAACGACUUUCGUUGCUCGAGGUGAUGUGGUCAUGGAAUGACUUGAAUGUGGAGUUCCUUUAUCUUAUUUUAUGUUGUAAUGCUCGUUCUAUUGUAACCCUCGCCUGUUUUUUUCAGUUAGAAUACUUGAUCACUGCAUGCUCAAUUCAAAAACUUAUCCCUCAGUCUCCAACUCUGUGAGCGCCAUAACCAAUAAACGCACCGAAGCGGAAAUGAAAGCGAAACUGUGUACGCUCAUCCAUGCAUAGUAAACAUUCUCGCGGUGUCGCGAGCACUCUGAGGUACUUCUUUCGAGUAGGGAACUCACUGUCGAGGACUACAAACAGGCCUUUGGGACUGCGGAAGUAGUCGUUUUUCAAUCCCUAAGUUAAUAAUUUUUCGAGUAAAGGACCGUGGGACUACAGAUUAAGUCGCUUCGCUCAUUCACUUAUAAUACAAACUCCGAUAAUUCUUCUUCGACAAAAGGACUGUCGAUGGCUCAUCCGGGCUUAAUACUAACUCAGUAACACCUGUGUUCUCCCAACACAAGUAUCUCAAGCAUGACAUAUAUCUAUCAAGAACUGUUUCUUUUUAAUUUUCUCUUAUUCGUGUGAAUUGUACGCAUAAUUUAUGACAAGUCGAAGGCGAAUGGCAAAUUCCUUUUAGGCCUAGUUCAGACGCCGUACUCUUCAUGUGCCGAACCUAACUGAAUAAGUUCGACUUUGGAGCGACACUGGCGCGACAUCUGAUUCAGACGGCGUACCGUGUGUCGAACCUAAGUUAAGUUCGACAAAAGUUCGACAGACUCUGUCGAACUAAACGCUUUUGCCGCACCAAACUAAAACUGCCGUACCAAAUUGAUUCAGACGCCGCUCUUUUGCCGUACUUAAUUCAUCAGUUAGGUUCGGCACAUGAGUGGAGCGGCGUCUGAAACAGGCCUUAGAACACCAGUGACCUACACUGGGAGAACAAAAAGGUCUAUUAAAGGUUCAUAGAGCUUCUUUUUCUAACGCCUGUUUGACGUUUUCAAUGCAACUGUUCAUUUCUUAGCCCUGAAUGUUUUCUUGUAAAUCAUCUGGGUCGUGCCGGUAAUUUUAUAUGUCUGUUAUUGACGUUUUCCGGGAAGAGUAUCUACCAGUAGUUUCUCGUCUUAUUUCCGGACAAUCUUUGGAUUUGUUUUGCAACACGCGUGUUGAUCACAGAACAAGAAACCUGAAAGUCUGAAACAACAUAUUGCACCAGUUGUAGUUUAUAAAUUCGUUAUGAGAGACUCUUUAUAGUUAACUGAGGUUUUUAAAACGGUCAAUGUAUUUUGCUUGUCGAUCGUACAAAGAGUUUUGUUCACCUAAUUGCUGGUUUUUCAUGGACAACGUCUCUUUCGUUUCACAAUUACAGAGAAGCUAAGGGACCUUUUCCGGCGUGAAGUUCGUUUGGUGUGGGUCUGAAUAUUAUCAGUUUUGAUACCUGAUUUGAUACGGUCUUUACCCCGAGGGGUCUUAACCUGGAGGAAAAUCGCCUCGGCUAACCACGUUAAGCACCUAGGCUGCGUUUAAAGAAAGUAAACGCAUCCCUGUACACGAGCAGUGGAGUAGGGACCAGUUACUCCGGAUUUUUAUGGAUUUAAUGAACUUUUUUAGUGGCAUAAAUUAACGCCAAUGACGUCAAGCAUAUCAUUAAGAUAGGAUAACCCCGGUGUGCAGUUUGCAUUCCGAGUCCGCAUUCUCGUGGUUAGACUGCAGUCUUCCGUCUACAUUCUGCAAAUGUAACACUCAAAUACAGUUUUUCUUUUUUCCCUAGGACAGUCGACUUCACUAGGAUCUUAUAGCUCCGACACAACACUUCCUCAUAAAGAAUCACAUUUUACAGGCAGAGAAGCAGAGGUGCAAGAAAUUGUUCAAAAACUUACCCAGGACCCGAAUCCUUCACGCAUCAUCAUUAUUGUUGGCAUCCCUGGGAUGGGUAAGACGGAAGUUGCCAUUCACGUCAGUCACUUACUUCAAGAGAAACACGAAAAGUCUGUUAUAUUCAUUGAACAAAAACAAAAGCUCUCAGAAGUCUGCAGCGAAAUCCUCCGUAAAAUUAAUCCUCUGGCUCCGAGACUUUCAGAGAGUCAUGAUAUGGUAUCGAUAGCGAAAAGGCGACUUAAAGAGCUUGAUGAGAAGAAAGUUAUUGUAUUAGACAAUGUAGAAGGUAUACAACAACAACAACAACAACAACAGCAACAACAACAACAACAAGGAGAGCAAUUCGACGACUUUUUAGAAUAUGUAGGAAGACACGCACCUCGUGUUCAGCUGAUCAUCACCACUCGAAUGGAUGUGGAUUUUCAUUCUCUGAGCGUACAUAAGGUGCUUCUAGACCGUCUGGACCCCGGUUCUUCUGCCAAAUUACUUCAGGACUCAGUUCCAGACCAAAAUGAACUGCACAUUAAGGAACUCGGCGAGCUUUGUGGGAUACCGCUGGUUCUUAUCCAAUUCGUAUGCUUAAUGAGAAACGGCUUCAGAGCGGAAACGUUGGUCAGACGUCUCAAAAUAAGUCCCAUCCAACUUCUGAAGAUCAAUGCAAAAAAAGCUUACAAUGAUUUGUGUACAUUCCUACUCUAUCUUCCAAAAACCAUAAAAGCAGACCUUGUUCGCCUUUCAAUUUUUCCAUUGGCGUUUUCCGUCGAAGACAUGACGGUUCUCUUUGGUGACCUAUCAGAACCAGAGGAUGUUAAGGCCAAGAUGGUCGGGUACUCUCUUCUUCGAAGGAUAAACGAUACAACGGUGAUUUUGCAUCCUUUGGUCCGCGAGUUCCUCAAAGCUGAGAGGAAACUUCUCAGCAUGGAUGAUGUUGGUAAAGAAGCACAGAAAAAGUUUAAUCAACAUUAUGUGGCACUGCUCCAAUCCUUAAGUAAACAAUUCAUCACCAAGCAGAAGUCGAAAGAAGCUAUUUCAACCUUUCGGGCAGAAAAAGCAAACAUCCUGGAAAUGUUCAAAAAUUUCCUGCACUCCGAAAUUGACCAGGAAGACACCGAGUUUUGCAUAGAUGUCGCUAACUCCACCAUGGUUUUAGAUUUCUUGGCCAAAGUUUUAUCUCCACCCUUUAAGUGUGUAAAACUGUAUGAAGACUGCUACCACAUUGCCAAAGCAUCUAAUGACAUGAGAAGACUUGCGGAUUGUCUAACUUCCUUGGGAUUUCUUGGCCUCUAUAAAGAAGCUCACCGAGGGGUCAGCCAAGAUACUUUUGAGAAGUUUCAGCGGGCCUAUGAAAUCCGGCAGAAUUUGCCAAAGGAACAACAGCACUGUGAGACGCAUGCACACGCCAUCUCCAAACUUGGGCUGUGUUACGCACUUCUGGUAAAAAUACGAAUAUAAUUAAGUUCUCUUUUUUAAGUGCCGUAAAUGUUUAAAAUAAUAUUACUUCCAUUACAUGACGUACAAGAGAAAAAAAUAUUUUGAUGCCAAUGGGACAAUACAAAAGGGGCCUUGAGGGGGUUUCUUCGAAGUACCCGCACCUUUUCGGAUACUUUGUAGUUUUAAAGGAGCUGUGUCACGAAAUUCAGCCAAAUUAGGUAAUUACAAAAUGCCCGUUAAAUUAAGAGAAACGUGAAAAUAACCGCUUAAAACAUUAAAGGAAGGUUAAAAUAACACAAGAGAUACAACAGAUGCCACGGAUGGUAAAAACUGAGGAAGAUUGAAACGGAUUGAAAUGAGGAUUUUUGAGGACUGUUCAGCCUAACAGUUUUUCAAAGUUGAUCUCUACUGUCUGCAACUUCAAAAAUAAUGCUCUGGAGACAUAUUUGUUUGUCUCGAAUCUCUGAUUUUGUCAUUUCCAUGUAAUUUCCUUGCUUGCUUUAAGUUCCAUAGCGAUUGAGGGCGAGUAAUUGGCAAAAUUAAACAAAAUGAACUGGACUGCUGUGACACAGCCCCUUUAAAUCAAAAUUAAAUCUCGAUGCUGCCACUUUGUAACAGUUCAUCAUAAGACAUCCGAAGAGAAAAACAGGCCAUGAUAAGCAUGUCGCAGCAUAUUAAAAGUAAAUGCCCGAUUGAAAUACUGGCCUCGGGGCAUUCCACGGGUAGGCUUUAUUUAUUUAUUAUUUAUUCCAAAAAGUAAUAACAAUAAAUUGUGUGCAGGAUCGCUGACUAUAUUUCGCAACAGAUUAAGGAUUUUUUAAAUAUUAAUUAAUACGACUGCAAAUAGUUUUAAUUAUGAUAUGCAAAUGAUGUUUUUAUUCUACUUUUUAGGUUUUAGAUUUUUCUGUCUGUAUAUAAUGUUUUAGAUUCUAGAUUUUAACUUUUCAUCAUUUCUUAUGGGGAAUCCUUUAUAUAGGGUUGACCUCUAGAUAUCCCCUUUCGAGAUUUGUAACUUUAGUUUUUAUUUCUUGAAUAAAGUAUUGUAUUGUAUUGUAUUGAAUAGCUUUCUAAGCCAAAAAAAAUAGUCCUUGGAUCCAAUAUAUUUGUAUGUUAAAAUGUUCUUUUUCUUGUUAUAGGGCAAAGGAGAACAAGGACGCGACCUAAUACAAAAGGGUAUUAAUCUGAGGAAGGAGCUUGAAGUGCCUCUGUAUGUAGCAGCAGGUUGUUGUGAUCUUGGAAGUGAGUACCUAAUUCAUUCACUUUCUCUGUGAAAACUUAACUUUCCAAUUUAAUUUGUAUUAAUAAAACCAUCAUGUCAUUACGAUCGCACUUUUUUUUCUGGCUCGAGCCAAUGAUUUAGGGUUAGUUCAAAUAAUCAAUAACGGUCAUGUUACUGUGUGCUGCAAAAAUGUGAUUAAUCUGUAUCCACUUAUCCAGCUUUUGUUUCUAUAAAUGGAAGUUGUCGAGGUGCGGACGACUUGUAAAAUACAUAGACACUGGGCGAGUUAGGCAAUUCAGUGAACCUCUCGUUUUUCGGUGCGCUCAUAAAUGCCUAAAGUAGGAACAUUUUUAUGUAAGUAUAGUUUGGAGCUGACCAAACUAUAAGUCUUUCGAACGCACUUGUGUUAAACACCAAUUAAAAUACAUUUCGACGCCUUAAACGAGCUUUUUUUAAAACUUGUUUUAGACGCCUAUAGAGCGUGCAGGGACCAUGAACAAGCAAUAGACAUCUGGAAAACAGAAACUUUACCAGUCUAUAAAGAUGAGCUUGGUGACCACCCUUGGACAGCCUCGAUCCUGCGAUACAUAGCCAGUUCGUACAGGUGUCUUGCGGAAUCUGAAUCUGCAGAUUCUGGAAUAGCUGAUCAAGCUGAAAUGUACAGCACAGAAGCUCUAGAAUUGCGAAUCAAGCUGCUAGGGGAACAUCAGGAUACCGCUCGAUCCCAUGUUGACCUUAGCGACAUCUUCUACAUUAAAAAAGAUUUCAAGUCAGCUAUGGAGCAGCUUGAAAAGGCCAUUAAGAUCCAGAAAGACGUUUUAGGCGAAGAACAUGAGACCACGAAGAAAACAGUAGAGCAAUUGAAGAAAGUACAGUCCAUGGUAGAAUGA